AUGGUUCAACAGGUUCAUCAUGGAACACUGCUCCAAACAACAGUGGAAACACUCACUUCGGAAAAUAAUUCUUCUUCUCCAGCAUCAUUAUUGUCUAGUUUGUGGAUGAAAUUUAUACAAAUGGCAAAAUCGUUGAACAUUGGCCACUUUUAUUUAUUUCUCGGAAGUUUAGGAUUAGGAACCGUUUGGUACACAAGUAUUAAUUAUUUCAUACAGAGAAGUUUUGUGAGCAAAUUAUAUAUUAGUAGUAAUGAUGAAGCAUUUCACUGGUUCAUGUUUUGGUUGGCAGAAAACAAGUACAGCCAAGAAGCAAAUCAUUUCGCAAUUCUGUCUUCAAAAACACAUGUUGAUUUUUCAAGUUUCAAGCACAAUCCAUCAGAAAAGGAUAAACAUUCAAUUCCAAUCAAAUUCAUUCCCUCACCAGGAGUGCAUUUUCUCAAGUACAAGGGAAAAAGCAUUAAAAUUGAAUAUGAAAGAACACUCGCAGCAUCUUCUAACUCGGGUUCAAGCACUGCAUCACAUAACGAGCAACUUAUUGUCAGUUGUUUGAGCACAUCCCCAACAUUUUUGAAAAACUUUAUUACAGACUGUCAACAGAAAUAUUUAGAGUCAAAACACGGGAAAACAUUGAUUUAUCUACCUGAUGCUUAUUGCGAUUUUUGGGAGCCAAGAAUUUCGAAACUGAAAAGACCUCCAAAUACUGUCAAAUUGCAAUCUAACAUUUUUGAAAAAUUAUUGAAUGAUGCCAGAAACUUUCUUUCACUAGAGAAGUGGUACAACGACCAUGGAAUUCCUUUUCGAAGAGGUUAUCUAUUGUAUGGACCUCCUGGAACUGGAAAAACCAGUACUGUUACAGCAUUGGCAGGAGCUCUCGAUAAAAACAUUUGCUGUAUCAACAUUAGCAACAAAAACCUCAAUGAUGACAACUUGAAUAGCCUGCUAUUGAACACGCCAUACAAUUCCAUCAUUUUAUUGGAGGAUAUUGAUGCAUGCUUCACAACAGUUGAAUCAAAGAAGAGGACUGUUCAUCCAUCACAACUAAAAGCUGAACCAGAAGAAACAUCUGAAGUUGCUUCUCAAGGUACAUCAGGAUCCAAUGUGACAUUGGGAGGAUUAUUAAAUUGUAUUGAUGGUGUUGUAGCUCAAGAGGGAAGAAUUCUAUUCAUGACAACCAAUCAUAUCCACCGCUUACCAGAUGCAUUAAUCAGACCAGGCAGGAUCGAUGUUAAGUACCUGAUUGAUUGUGCUGACGAAACUCAAACCAGAGAAUUGUUUCUCAAUUUUUAUCCUCAUGAGUUUGAAUUGGCUGACAAAUUUUGUCAAAAGCUCUUUUCAGAUAUGAACAAGGAGCAUCGGCGACGUUUCACUUGUGCUGAAUUACAAGGCCACUUUAUGACAUACAAGCAUGAUCCUGCUUCUGCAGUCUCCAAUACACCAGAUCUCAUUCAUUUCGAUCUAAGAAGAGGACUGAACGUUAUACCACAUCAAGAAUGA